AUGUUCGCGGACGAGGAAUUCAGUACAAGUGAUAUGGAUGAGGCCUUAGAGGAGGAAGAUGAGGGUGAAGAGCCAUACAAAAAGUUGAAGCAUAUCUAUCUUAAAUCAGAUUGCGGCCUUUGCAAUCAACCGAUGAAUCCAGAUCAAUGGACUCUUGCAUUAAUUGGUAAUCCUACAGGGACCAAACCAGUUCUGCAAAUGAUCAAGUCAUUUGUACCGUAUCACCCAUUGUGGAAGUUCAGCUCUAUCCAAAACGUUGCAGAGAGUAUGUCUUCGUCCGGAACUGAUAUCGAGAGUUACCCAUUGACCAGCAUCAAGUCAUGGCAACGUGGACAACCAGUUGUCUGCGAUAAAGGCGAAUUGAAAGAAUUUGUUCUUAAACUAACUGUUGAUCGCGAUGGCCUCAGUCAAAUUGAGAAGCUGGAGAGAUGGCCUGAGUAUAGUCCGAUUCGGUCUAAUGCUCGUGCGUAUCUCUUCAUUGUGCCCCUGCGAGCAGCAGACUCACAUGUUGAUUUCAAGGUAUGGUCAAAGGCCCCCCCCCCCCCGGGCAAUGCUCAGAUAUCAACCAAGCUCGCCGGUGAUUUCGUGCUGGGUCCUGAUUAUGGACCUUCCAAGAAAGAAUACUUGUCAGGAAAGGAGCCGACCGUGUUUGUGUACAAUGUUCCGCAUAAAAGAGGCCACAGUAUAUAUGGAGCAGUAAGUGACAAGAAGGGUGACGAACCUUCAGCACCAUUCCCCCGGAUUCUUCCCUCAGGAGAGUGUCCCCCAUAUCGUGGCCGCCUUCAUUUCGAGGCCUCCGCAAAGGACGUUGUUCACGUCGAUGUCUAUUACGAGGAGGCCAGCGGAUACUGCAGGGGACUCCUCCUUGAAUACGCCAACGGCGCUCAGAGGGCGUUGGGCCAAUGCCGAGUCGGGAUUGACCCCUUCAAGUCUUGUGAUAAACCAAAAUGGCUUUGCUAUUCCCACAGCUUCGACGACAAACCCUUCGAUCGGAUUAGGCAGUGUAAAGUCGAAUGCAGCACCGGUUCGGAUAGUCAUGACCAUAGUGAAAGGGAUCUCAGCAAGCAAAGCGAAAUGUCGGACGUUGAUGGUUCAGGUGAUUCGCAACCAGAGAUGAAAUCGAAGAUCGUUGAGUCUGAUGAAGAUACAUUAGAAUGGGACGUAGUGCAUGUCGCUAUCAGAUCAAUAUGUGGCCUUUGUUCUCAGGUCAUCGCCCCGUACGAAUGGGCUAUAGCAUUGCUCAAUAGCCAAGGUCACCGCCAUGGUACUCGUCCUGGUUAUUGCACAAAGAGAUUCCGAUUCCCUAAGGAACGAGGAAUCACAGUAAAGGGUGGUUUAUUCCCCUUGUGCAAUGGAGAGCAUUGUCGAGACUGCAAGGGAUCACCCGAACGUAUCACGACAAGCCGGCCUUGGAACGCGUUUGGGUUGCUGCAGCCUGGAGAAUCUCGUGGGUUUUCUUCCACUGCAGAAGCCUUGGGUAUGCCGCAACUGGCAACCUUGCCAUCUGAGGUUCUUCAGCUCAUAGCAGCCUAUUCGCGCGAGAGUAUUCUCUGGAAGUAUCUGGUUAUCAGAACCAGAGCCGAGGAAUUAUCAAUUUUUGAUGAGAGCAUAUCCAAGGACGAUGAUGACAUGCAGUACAAUCUCGGUACUGUGAAGAAAUGGCAUCGAGGGCAGGAUGCAGAGUUCGAUGAGGAUUCACCCGAGUCUUUUGUGUUCCGGCUCAUCCUUGAUUCCCAUGGGCUACUCGGCAUAGAGAGACUACCUGACUGGCCCGAGUAUAGGAGCUGUCGAUACCAAACCUCCUACAAGUAUCUCUUUAUCGAUUCUAAGGAAGCGGAACGUACUUGGGUAUACUUCAGAUUUGGAAAAGCGCGGAUGAAACUGAGUCCCUCAUUGUCAAGACCUGUUCAACUUUGGGACAUACCAAGUCCGCCAGAUGCUACUUGCAUUCGCACCCUCGAUCUACGCAAUAUUACUGGCAUUACCUUCUUUUACUACAGGGGCACUUUGAUGGGACUCCAUGCUCACACCCUUGAAGACCCCACAGCGUUGACUACUGUUAAGGACAUUCUUCCAGAUUAUGAACCUAAUCUAGUCUGGAUAUACAUGCCCAUAGCACAUGGUGAUCGUAUCAUGAGGUUUGGCCUGCGGAGUUGGAGAAAUGACCGCGAGGAACCGGCGGCCCAUCAUAUGGCUUUGUUGAUGACCACGAAGCUGGCUGGUGACUUCUCUCUCGGUCCAAAUUUCAAUGAUGAAGAUAGGAAUUUCUUCUUCAAAGGAACACCCACUGUUCUCUUCCACAAUACGCCAGCAAAGGGGGGGAUUACACUGUUAGGCUUAGCCGGUGACGAAACUCAAGAGACGCUGCGAGCCCCUAGAUUUCCCAUCAUCUCUCUCUCGAUUGAUCAGUUGAUUAAUGGGGGUGCCGCUAUUACAGUGGACAUUCCACUGAAAGACGCUGUCAGAAUUGAUAUUUUCAAUGAAAGGUCCACUGGAUACAUGAGAGGUUUUCUUCUUGAGUAUAAGAACGGCGCACAGAGGUCUGCAGGGCAAUGCAGAGUAGGAGUUGACGAGGUCACCGUUUAUCACAGGCCCGUUUCAUUCUGCUACCGCACGGUUUAUGGGGAUGCUCUUGAUGAGAACAAACACUAUACAGUUGUAUGUGGCUCGGAUACGGGUAUUGAACAUUAUGGUCAUGGUUUUGGUAACGGGCCGUGGAAAUGUUCAGAUCUCGGACUGUACGCCAAGGUUUGGUGUGACGAUGUAACAAGCGACCUGUAUACAUACACUCCCAGGUCUCGAGAGUUUAUAGCGGUCGAGUAG